GCUUUAGCCCUCCCCACCCUUCAACUCCCAAAAUCCCCACUCAAUUUUCUAUCCAUUAAUACUACCACUACCAUUAGCCUCCUUUUUUUGUCUCUCUUCUUCGUUAUCUUUUCCAAUUGUCUCUUUGUAAUGUAGCAUCAUCGUACUAAGGUCAUCACCGCAAACCAAAGAAGAAGAAAGAAGAAGAACAACAAUAAUGUCUGGUUUUCUAAACGAUGAGCUCUCGAAGAAAACCUCGAUUUUCGGUUUAAGAUUAUGGGUUGUUGUUGGAAUUUGCGUUGGAGCCGCUAUUGUAAUCUUGAUGUUCUUAAUUUCACUCUAUUUCACCUCAAAACACAACAAUUCCUGCAAAAAACCAAAACUUUACCUCAAAAACCCACAAUUCCAAACAUCUCUAAAGAAAUUCGUGAAAUCCGCAUCGACCCGACCCGAACUCAUAUUCAAGAAGCCCCAAACACCAUCCAUAAACAGCAUCAUCCCGGUCAAAACCCGUAUCCCGAAUCUGAUUCUUUAGCUGUAGUUGAUAGGCAUGCAGAUGAUGAGAGUAAAUUAAAUGGGUACCAGAAAAUUCAGAUAGAUAUAGGAAAGAAGCACCGGAUUUCUUACCCGGAAAAGGGCGGUGGCGGUGGUGGCGGUGGGUCUUCUCAUGAAAGCGGGUCCGGCGAUCAACUGGCACCCAUAUCGGUCCAACCCGAGGUUUCCCAUUUGGGUUGGGGCCAUUGGUAUACUCUUAGAGAGCUUGAAAUUGCAACAAAUGGUUUUGCAGAUGAGAAUGUGAUCGGUGAAGGUGGAUAUGGGAUUGUUUAUUGUGGAGUUUUAGUGGAUAAAACCACCGUUGCUGUCAAGAAUUUGCUCAACAACAGAGGACAAGCAGAGAGGGAGUUUAAGGAGCUCACAGGAUCCUUGUUUAUGAGUAUGUAG